AGUUGGUGGUAGCGUAAUGGCUAGUUUGCUCCGCUACAUGUGACAUUGACAUUAGGCACCAUGAGGCUGACCGCUCUACUGUCGAUGGCAGCAAAGAUUCCCCUGCCCAAAGAUUACCGCUACGGCAUCCACAGACCGUGGACGGUGCAAGCUAAGAUGGCCAAUCCUCCCGGGAGGAGGAGGAAAAAAAUAUUCGUGGAGCCGAUAGACCCAGAGGACUGGACUUUAUUCAGAGGGGACACGGUACAGAUCCUUAAAUAUAAGGACGAAGGAAAGCAAGGAAAAGUGAUCCAAGUUAUUAGACCCAGAAACUGGGUUAUUGUGGCGGGACUGAACACGCAUUACAUGCGUAUUGGAAACGACGGCGAUUUCCCUGGAAUUUACAUUGCCAGGGAGAAUCCUUUGCUGUAUCGUGAAGUUUCCCUCAUUGAUCCAGUAGACAAGCAGCCCACUGAGGUCGAGUGGAAGUUCACAGAAGAGGGUGAGAGGGUUCGCGUGUCGGUCAGGACGGGUCGAAUAAUCCCAAAACCUCCCUUUGUGCGAAAAGACGGCAUCGUGCCGGAGCAGUGGAUAGAUGGGCCUAAAGACACCAGUCCUGAAGACACGGUUGAAAAAACUUACGUUCCGUCUCUGAAACUCCUGGAAGAAGAAGUGAUGGAGAAAAUGGGCAUUGUGGAGAACAGGAGGCACCAGACGUCCUACUGGUACUGAUGUGGGACAUCCAAGAACAUUUAUGUCCUCUUCGGUGUGUGCUCCAGUGUUCCAUCAGGAGUUUUAUCUGCAGCUCAUGUGUGAAUGAACGCUACAGCUUUACAGAUAAUUUGUGAACUUUAUGCGAAAGUAAAAGCUUACCUGCAGCGUAAA